CGAACGGAAGCCGCCAUAGGUCAGUUUCAAUCGGCGUGCUCAUUUGAACCAGAGGAACCGCUACGAAGCAGGGGGAGAAGAGCGGCCCAGUACUGAUAAUCCAACUUUCAAGUCAAUAUUGAUGGAGUGGCAGCCAGAUGAGCAGGGACUCCAGCAGGUCCUCCAACUGCUCAAAGACUCACAGUCGCCCAACACAGUCACGCAAAGAGCUGUCCAACAAAAACUUGAGCAACUCAACCAGUUCCCUGACUUCAACAAUUAUCUCAUCUUUGUUCUCACACGACUCAAAAGUGAAGAUGAGCCAACUCGCUCUCUGAGCGGUCUGAUUCUGAAGAACAAUGUCAAGGCCCAUUACCAGAACUUCCCCCCAGCUGUUGCUGACUUCAUCAAGCAGGAAUGUCUCAACAACAUCGGUGACCCCUCGCCGCUCAUCCGUGCAACCAUUGGCAUCCUGAUCACUACUAUUGCCUCCAAGGGAGAGCUACAGACAUGGCCCGAACUGCUGCCCCAGCUCUGCAAUUUGCUCAACUCAGAAGACUACAACACCUGCGAGGGCUCGUUUGGAGCACUGCAGAAGAUCUGCGAGGACUCGUCGGAGCUGCUGGACAGCGACGCUCUGAACAGACCCCUCAACAUUAUGAUACCCAAAUUCCUUCAGUUCUUCAAGCACUGCAGCCCCAAGAUUAGGUCCCAUGCCAUCGCCUGUGUGAAUCAGUUCAUCAUAGGCAGAGCCCAGGCCCUAAUGGACAACAUCGACACCUUCAUAGAGAGCCUGUUUGCGCUGGCAGCAGAUGAGGACUCUGAGGUUCGUAAGAACGUGUGCCGAGCCCUGGUCAUGUUACUGGAGGUCCGCAUCGACCGCCUCAUCCCCCACAUGCACAGCAUCAUCCAGUACAUGCUGCAGCGGACCCAGGACCCAGAUGAGAACGUGGCUCUUGAAGCCUGCGAGUUCUGGUUGACUCUAGCAGAGCAACCCAUCUGUAAGGAGAUGCUGUCUGGACAUCUGGUGCAACUGAUCCCUAUCUUGGUAAAUGGGAUGAAGUACUCAGAGAUAGACAUCAUACUGUUAAAGGGUGAUGUGGAGGAGGACGAGGCAGUGCCAGACAGCGAUCAGGACAUUAAGCCCCGUUUCCACAAGUCGCGCACUGUCACCUUGCAGCAUGAAGGAGGAGAGGGUGAGGAGGGCGAGGACAUCGAAGAGGACGAUGACGACGAUGACGACACGCUGUCGGACUGGAACCUGAGAAAGUGUUCGGCUGCAGCCCUGGACGUGCUGGCCAACGUGUUCCGUGACGAGCUGCUGCCGCACCUCCUGCCGCUCCUGAAAGGCCUGCUCUUCCACCCUGACUGGGUCAUUAAGGAGUCUGGCAUCCUGGUGCUGGGGGCCAUAGCUGAGGGCUGCAUGCAGGGCAUGGUGCCCUACCUGCCAGAGUUGAUCCCCCACCUCAUCCAAUGUCUGUGCGACAAGAAGGCCCUGGUGCGCUCCAUCGCCUGCUGGACCCUGAGUCGCUAUGCACACUGGGUGGUCUCCCAGCCCCCCGACUCCUACCUCAAACCCCUCAUGACGGAGCUCCUGAAACGCAUCCUGGAUGGCAACAAGAGGGUGCAGGAGGCCGCCUGCAGUGCGUUUGCCACCCUGGAAGAGGAGGCGUGCACGGAGCUGGUGCCCUACCUGAGCUUUAUCCUGGACACCCUGGUCUUUGCCUUUGGGAAGUACCAGCACAAGAAUCUGCUCAUCCUCUACGAUGCCAUAGGAACUCUGGCCGACUCAGUGGGUCAUCACCUCAAUCAACCUGAGUACAUUCAGAAGUUGAUGCCCCCCCUUAUUGCCAAGUGGAACGAGCUGAAGGAUGAAGACAAGGAUCUCUUCCCUCUACUAGAGUGUCUGUCAUCAGUAGCCACUGCCCUGCAGAGUGGUUUCCUGCCUUACUGUGAGCCUGUCUAUCAGCGAUGUGUCACGCUGGUCCAAAAGACACUAGCUCAGGCUAUGAUGUACAACCAGCAUCCAGACCAGUAUGAGGCUCCCGACAAGGAUUUUAUGAUCGUGGCCCUCGAUCUGCUGAGUGGCCUGGCUGAGGGUUUGGGGGGGAAUGUGGAGCAGCUAGUGGCCCGCUCCAACAUCAUGACCCUCCUUUUCCAGUGCAUGCAGGACACAAUGCCUGAAGUGAGGCAGAGUUCUUUUGCCCUGCUGGGUGAUCUCACCAAGGCCUGUUUCCUCCAUGUGAAGCCUUGUAUUGCUGAGUUCAUGCCCAUCCUAGGACUCAACCUGAAUCCAGAAUUUAUCUCUGUAUGUAACAAUGCCACCUGGGCCAUUGGGGAGAUCUCCAUGCAAAUGGGCACAGGUGUCAAGCAGCAAACAGGGGAUUGUCCAGGUGCAGAGAUGCAGCCUUACGUGGGCAUGGUCCUGCCACACCUGGUGGAGAUCAUCAAUAGACCCAACACACCCAAGACUCUGCUGGAAAACACAGCCAUUACAAUCGGCAGACUGGGUUAUGUCUGUCCCCAGGAAGUGGCACCACAGCUGCAGCAUUUCAUUCGACCAUGGUGCACAUCGUUGAGGAAUAUCAGAGAUAACGAGGAGAAGGACUCUGCCUUCCGGGGAAUCUGCGUAAUGAUUGGUGUUAACCCUGCAGGAGUGGUGCAGGACUUCAUUUUCUUCUGUGACGCUGUGGCCUCCUGGGUCAACCCCAAGGACGACCUGAGAGAAAUGUUUUAUAAGAUCCUUCAUGGAUUCAAGGACCAGGUCGGGGAGGAGAACUGGCAGCAGUUCUCUGAGCAGUUCCCUCCUCUGUUGAAGGAACGCCUGUCGGCCUGCUACGGCGUCUAACCCAACCUCCCCUGGGGUCCACACAGGACACCAACUGGUUAGGUUAAUGUAGGGGAGGGUUACUGGGGAACUCAUUGCACUGCCCAGAUCACGGGGGAGAAACAAGAGCUGGAGGGAUGUGACUGGCCUUGAACCCUCCAUUCAGCGGAUGGCCCCCUUUCCCCCCGCGCCCUGUGUGUCUCUGUGAGGGAGGGUGGGAGGAGGGUGGUGGGUGUGGGAGGGUAAACUGGGGAUAUACAUAUACCUCUCGGAUUAAACGCCUCACUAAAUCCAAACACGCUCAAAAGUGACUUUCGCCAACAGCAAUGCAGGGAUCCUAAGUAGGUGAGGGCAAAACAUGGGGCUGGCAUAGACCCCCCCACCCCCUCGAUUUGAUUAUUCUGUUAAGAUAGAUGACGGCUGGGAGGGGAGGGGAGGGAGGGUGGCAGAUAGGUACAUAAUAAGGAAUUAUCUGAACCAGCAUAGGGUGCCACAGUCCCAAAUACCACAAUGCACGUAGUCAGUAGAAAGACUCACUGAUAUAGAUGUGUUUAAACAGGCUCGUGCUGAGGUUAAACAAAAAAAAAAACAUGCUUUUACUAUGUAACAAUGCAGGAAAUGUGCACAAAUUUUUUUGCACCUUUUAUGGCAAAAUUGCAUAAACCAUUUGGUGUGCAUAUACAUGGGUCUUAUUAUCUUUUCACAUGUACAUUUAGCUGAAUUUAAUUUCCUCUCCUCUUCCCUUGGUUGCUGAAUUCCUCUCGGAUCAUAGGUUUCUUUUUUUUUUUUCUCCCUGAUCUGAGGUUUUUUUAAAAAAAAAGAUGCAAUAGGUCUGUCCUCUAAGGUUUUACCACCAUAGUACCAAGUUUUGUUGCAUGGCGUAUAUCACCUCCAAAGUGGUGCAUGUUGGAGUGAAUGUCCGUCUUGUUGCUUUUCAUUUAUCGCAUUAAUUGUUGUCAGUAUGGGGAGGCUGCCAUAGUUUGAAGCCUGUCAGGCGCUUAGGUCUGUUGUCCUCCCGUUCAUGCCUAUCAUCAAAUCAAUGUCCCUAUAGUUUAAUGGAGGCUGUGUGUGUGUGUGUGUGUGUGUGUGGGUAUGUCUGUACGUGUGAUCACCAACUGCAGGUAGAUCAAUACGUGAAUUGGCUCAUGUCUUGACUGAGAAUCACUCACUGCAACAAGAGUUCAAAUACUGUAGGCAAAGUUGAGAAUCCUUUUUGCUGCUGCUGCUUCGUUUUUAGAGUAUUUACAAAACGGACUUAAUGAGAGCGAUAAGACAUCACCAAGAAUGAAUUGGUUCUUACUGAUAUAAAUGCACUUUUUUUGUUUUGUAAGAAAUUUAGAAUUUCACAUGUAAGACGUACAGUAAUGAUAUACUGACCUUGAGAUAUAGUUUUUUUGAUAAGUGAUUUUAGGACUGUUAAUGGCUUGCCAAGGUAAGCAUAAUGAUGAUAAUGUUAAGCAAUGGUAAAAUGACUAGGUAAGACUUGAGGCCUCUUAACAUAGUUUUAUAAUGUAGCGCCUUCUAAAAUGGAUUGAAUAGGAUUUAAGAGGGAGACAUCUUAAUUACAGUAUUUUGGAUCCAUGUCCUAGUGCACCUGUCAAUCCAUAUCUGUGUUUUAAGGAUGUCCCCCCCUGUCUUUUUCAUCAGUGCUUUUUCUUAAAUGAUGGCUGUUUGAGCCAUCGGAGCUUGUCCUCGUCAUGAACAUUGCAUGCUUUUCAAUAAGUCUUGCUCCUUUUUUUUUUUUUUUUUUAGUCAUUUUAUAACGGGUCCCUUUUGGAGGGAUCUACCUAAUAAGAGCUUUGUCAACUGCAACACAAGUCGCUGCUGGACUAAUAAGGUACUCCUCCAGCUUACGAUCAAACUAGUGAUUGUUGUUGCCAUAUCUUCACCCGUUGAUACUGUGUAGGAUAUGCCUGGGAAUACGCUGACUCUGAGUCCUAAUAGUUCUCCCCUGACACUGGUUAGCUUAUGUGAGAGAGUGGUGGUCUUUAUCCAGCUUUAUCUUUUUAGUCAUUGUCCAUAGUGGACGGUUGUAAUGUUAAAGUGUGUAUGGCUGUUUGCCUGUUGGUGUUUUACUAUAACGGUGUGUACGCGAGUACUGCUUAGAUGUAACUUUGCACCAGCCCUACUCUAAAGUUAAGUGCGGGGAAGUAGUUGGAAGUCAUGCCUCGGUUCAUGCGGCCAGAGGGAGAAUCGACAUUUGCCUGCCAGUUAACAUCAUCAGUUUGAUUGUCAGGGUGUUUAAAACUCUAAGAUGAAGACUUAAAGUAAAUACUGCCUGAUUUUAAAUUUAAAAAAAAAAAAAAAACAUUUUCUGGAUUUUGUCUCACAUCUACAGGUUGUGUAUUUUACAGAAUCAGCAUUAAUGUGCAAUUUUAUUAUUUUCCCUACACAAAUGUGACAGAUUUUAGAUUUUGUUGUAGCACAAAUAUUUCCGGUGUCAGUGUAUUCUGGGUUCCUGAUCGCUUUUCUAAGCUCGAGCACCUGCUGAAUACUGAUAGCAUCUCUUCCCCAUGUUUAACUGGUAGGCAAGUGUUGAGGUGUGAGGUGGCCGCUCAUUCACCAGGGGCUGGACAGAUGUGCCUGGAGCAGAAACUGGUGAAGCAUUCAUUACAAGAAUGUUUCAGCGGGAUGAUGUUCCUGUGUCACAAAGAAUUGGUAAAAAGUUGAGGCUUUAUCACUCCUCACCAUGUUGUGAUACACUAAGCUAUCUACAGAAGUAAAUUUAAAUGCAAGGUGUCCACAGGUUGUUUCUUUUUUUAAAUUGAAUUUUUAUUUUGAUGCACGUGAGUUUUUUUUUAAAAAAUUAUUUAUUUUGUUUUUUUGUUUGUUUUAUUUUGUUUUAUUUUUUUGUGCUCCAGUGCACAAAUUUUUUUUUGGACUUUAAAAGUUUUUUUUUCUUUUUCUUUUUGUUUUUAUUCUUUUUGUUUAAAGAAUAAUUUGUUUUCGUUGUUUUAUAGCGGACCAUUUGAUUAUGUCAAAGUUGAUGUUGUGGUUGGACUGAAGGAGAGUCGGUGCUUGGUGCAUACCUUAGGGAAGAAUGUGGAAAACUUAAUUCAUAACUUGUUUCAAUCUGAUAUCAAGGCUGGCAAUUGAAUUUGAUGUAGUACCUUUUUUUGCUGAACUGUGGUGCAGGUGGGAUGUAUCCCUUUUUAUUUAAUUUUUGUGAAUAGGGGAAAAUAAAAGUUUUUUUCUAUUAA